AUGCGUGGCUUUUUACACUUCAUAUUCUUAGGAUGCACAGUUGCCUUGUCCCCGUAUAAAUAUGGGCAAGAUAUUAUGAAUAUCGAGGCUUCUGCUUCCUUACUUGACCAACUAUACGGUGAAUUGGUUGAUUCCAAAGAAAGUAGAGAACACAAGUUUAACUGUAUUAAUGAGGGAAAAGUGUCAACUACCAAAAAUAAUGCAGGAAAAUCUGAUUUUGUCGAAGAUGUGAAUUACAAUGAGAGAUUUGCGUUUGGCACUUUUCAGACAAUGAAUGAUUUGAUUCGUAUUUCUGAAACGCAGCAGAGGACAUCCAGAAUGAAUGCACAUGAAAAAUAUCUCACUCACAGAUCCAGUAUAAAAUUCCCUGAAAAUGACGACACCUCCGACCUCUUUACUGGUGGGAUAUUUGGUGGACUAUUAACGUUUGGAGGUUUCAAAACGAUGCAAUGCUUCAAUUCGAACAUGUUUGACCACCCUAUUGACAUAGCUAUCGUUGGAGCGCCCUUUGAUACUGGGACAUCCUACCGGCCAGGAGCUAGGUUCGGCCCAGAGGCCAUAAGACUGGGUGCUAGAAGACUUCAUGAGGGAGUGACACCAGUCAGAGGAAAUGGUCCAAAUUCUAAAUUGAGGAAAGUGAAUCCAUACGACUCAAAGUCACACAAUUUUACUAUUAUUGACUGUGGGGACGUCCCAAUGACUCCAUUUGAUAAUCGAUUUGCACUUAAUCAACUAUACCGAGCCGAGAGAGCCAUCCACAAGCAUUCUACAUCAGGCAAAGUGGAUAUUCCUCUGCCAAAAAUUAUUACAAUUGGAGGAGACCAUACGAUAACUUUGAUGGCCUUGCGCCUGGCUUACGAAAAGUAUGGAAGAAUUGCAGUUCUUCACUUUGAUAGUCAUAUCGACACCUGGAACCCGAAAAUUCUUGGCGGCGGAUACUCUGACUACAUGUCUUUGAAUCACGGGACGUUUCUCCAUUAUGCCGCCGAAAAUGGAUACUUGGAGCCAGGAAAGUGCUUUCAUUUGGGUCUUAGAGCUCCGUACAUCCUGGCUACUUAUGACCAGAAGCAUGACAGGGAAUGUGGCUUCAACACGAUAACGGCUAGAGAUCUAGAUGAUAUGGGCAAGGAAAAAAUAGUCACUCAAAUUAAAGAGACCGUUGGGGAGACACCAGUGUACGUGUCGGUCGAUAUAGAUGUUCUUGACCCCUCUACUGCUCCUGGAACAGGCACCAUGGAGAUCGGCGGUUGGACUGGUAGAGAGCUUCUCACAAUAUUAGAUGCUCUAGAAGGACUAAAUAUCAUAGGUGGCGACGUGGUAGAAGUUUCUCCACCAUAUGACACCAAUAGUGAGGUGACGAGCUUGGCUGCGACUGCUAUCAUCGAUUCAUUACUAGGAUUAUUGAUAGUUCAAUCUAUUUAG